AUGUGGACCCAGCACUCCUCUCCAGGCAGCAUGGUCUCUGCUGACGCUGACGUUGAGGUCACCAAGGACAAUCAACUUAUCCGCCCUCGGCACAGACGCCAGGGUGCGUGCAGGCCCUCGUAGAAUUUUUCUCUUGCGGCCUCGCAGCUUGUCAUUUGCCUGGCGUAGAUGCUGAUGAUGGUGGCGAAUUUGCCUCCCUGAAGGUGCAAGCGGAGGCUCAUCAGGCGAUUGUCGAUGCCCUGCGGCAGACAGGGCAGUCGUCCCAUGAUGUCGUUCCGGAUGACAAAAGCCAUGCCCGCGACCCGUCGCUCUGCCCUGGGGCGACUACUCCAGAAGAAGGUGUGGCCGGCACCCACCUCCUUCAUUUGGCCUUUUUCGGAGAACAGGGUCUCACUAAGUGCAAAAGUGCCCACCUUGUAUUGCGCCAGUUCCAGAACCAUUAG